AUGGACAUCGAACUACCGUCUCCGCCGCCCGUAAGUGCUUUGCGAGAAUCAUUCGGCGAUCGAAAGCCCCCCGAUAUUACUCGCAAGAUUACUGCUUGUGUAGCAUGUCGAAAACAAAAGGUCAAAUGUCAUAUGGGGGAGGGUCAGAUGCCAUGCUCGCGGUGCAAGAAGAGAGGUCUCCCUUGCAGCGUGAACCGAAGCUUGCAGACAUUACUAGAAGACGAUGUCACAUGGAAAGGGGCCGUGGUGCAAAAGAUGCGGCGGCUAGAAGAGGCUGUUGCAAAGAUUGCUGCCAAAGUUGACAUGCCCGAGUUUCAAGCUUUGCAAACUGUGCAAGCUGCGCCCGAAAUACAAGAUAAUUCUUUGAGCCCACCGGUUGAGACUAUUAAUGAGAAAGUUAUCGCGGGGGAAAUCUCCACCUCAAGUCAACCGUCUCAGCCAAAUGAGCACCAUGAGCCACCGCAGACAUGGGAAGUGAUAAUGGAUCCCCGAGGUGGCCCAGCUUCUAUCCCAGCCUCCUGCGUCUCAGAAAGUGGAAAGGCAGGUCUACCAAACAAUCCAUCAACUUCCCGUCGUCCAGACUUGAUAUCUACGGGACUUAUUUUACUACGCGACGCCGUUUCGUUGUUCGAAACAUACCAUCUCAGACUUGAUCAUUUUCUCUAUCGUAUUCUUGGCGACCAUAUUAGUUUGGACUCGGUUCGAAUCGCAUCCCCACUAUUGACGGCGGCUGUUUGUACCGUGGCUGCUUUGCAUUCGCAUUCCCUCGGUCAUCUCUUUGAAACUUGCUACGGUGAAUACAAGAACGUUGUCGCGGCCCAAACUUUCUCAAGGCAUAUGAAUGAAGAUGACAUCCGUGGCCUGUGCGUUGGUGCGUUUUGGUUGCAUGAACUUUCUUGGGCCUUGAUCGGGAAUGCCGUCCGCAUUGCAUCGGACAUUAAUCUUCAUAGUGGUAUCUACAAAGCCCUCAAAGGAGACCGCGAUGGCUAUCUUCAAGCUCGACUAUACUAUCUCGUCUAUGUAUGCGACCACCACUUUUCGAUCGCCUACGGUCGACCUCCGAUGUCCAGAGAAGGGUUUAUAAUUGAGUCGGCUAGUCGAAUACUAGAAACUGAACACGCCACAGAAGAUGAUGCUAGACUAAUCAGCCAGGUCAAGGAAUGGUCAAUCCUGGGUCGAGUCUUCGACACCUUCGGGGUAGAUGUUGAUACCCCUAUUGCACCGCAGACUCUGCCCCAACUGCGUCGAUGUUCUAUCUCUUUGGAUACCUGGUUUGCAGAUUGGAGCGAAAGCUUCAAAGCAAAUCAGAAUGUCGGGAACUAUCCGCAAAAGGGCGUGGGUUUUCACUAUCAUUUUGCAAAGCUAUACCUUUGCUCACACGCCUUUCGUGGCGUACCGAUAUCAGAGAGCUCACCUCAAUACAUGUCACCUGAAUUGGAGGAGAUCGCCAAUUCCGGCGUAUUGUCAGCUAUGUCAAUUCUUCGGAUGAUUGUUUCUGAUGCCGAAUUUCGAUCAUUCAUGAAUGGGCUUCCUUUAUAUUUCGAUACUAUGCUCGCCUUCGCCGUUGUCUUUCUCCUCAAAGUUGCUACGAAGUAUGCCUUCAUGGUCAGAAUUGAUACGACCAAGAUCCUUUCACUGGUCACUGACACCGUGGCUGCCCUUCGGGAUAUCACUCAGUCUAUGCAUAAACACCAUCUCCUUGUGGUCAUCAGCGAGGGCUUGGAACGUUUGUCGAGUAGAUGCCAAAUGUCCGCUCACACAGCCCACGAAACAAUGUAUCGUACGUCUCCUGCCCAGGAACAACCCCCAGUCUUUGAUGCAAUUUGGAUGGAAAACAUGGCAAGCUUUGAUUUUCAAACUAUCUUCCCUGAUAUUGACGAUUGGUGGCUACAUUAUAAUACAUCGAUGGAACCUCCUCUUUGA